UAUUGGAGUUUCCUCCUCCUGGUCAUUUUGUUAUAACCUUACAAAUUGUAUCCAUUUUUUUUCGGUCUCUAUUUAUCGUGAAUAAAAAUGUCUCGACGAGCUCUAAAAGCAAUAAAUUGGGCAGCUAUUGCGGAGAGAAUUCCAGAAAGUGAAAAAAAUGUGUUAGCUGCUUUUAAAACAAAGUCGGAUCAGUAUUUACGAAAAGUUCAAGAAUAUCCUGAAUCAGCUCCAAAAAUUGAUUGGGCACACUAUAAGAAAUUAAUUGCUGUUCCUGGCAUGGUCGAUACAUUUCAAAAGCAUUAUGAAUCAAUGAAAAUACCUUUCCCCGCUGAUAACUAUACUAAAGUUUUGGAUGCCCAAGAAAAAGAUAUAGCUAGUCAAGUUGAGGAGUUUAUAAGAAAAGCUGAUCAGAUUAUAGCACAAUGUAAUCAAGAAAUUGAUGUGAUCAAUAAACGAUUGCCAGCUGAAAAUAUGACUAUGGAAGAAUUAAUAGAAGCUUUUCCUGAUAUCAAUGUGUGUACUAAAGAUAAACCAUUAAUUUGGCCACAUACCCCUGAAUUCCAACCUGAAUAUAUAGAACAGCAAAUUAAGGAAUCACCAGCAGCUCAUUAAAUUUCUAUUCAUCAAGCAGUGUAGUCAGGAUUAUUCAAAUAUUUCUUAAAAUUUAUCUUUCAGAACAAUAAUUGUUAUAUGGUUAAAAAAAUUAUUUCCAUUACGAUUUUUAUUGUACACAAAGAAGAAAAAAAAAAGUAGAUUCUAUCGCUGUCUAUGUACUGUUUCAAUAAAUAUAAGAUUAUUGUUUAAA